AUGGAAGAUGCCCAGACGACCAUGGAAGAGGCCCAGACGACCAUGGAAGAUGCCCAGACGACUAUGAAAGACUCAGACGACCAUGGAAAAUGCCCAGACGACCAUGAAAAAUGCCCAAACGACCAUAAAAGAUACCCAGACGACCAUCAACAGGAAGCAAGGGGCCCUCACACAGCAACAGGAAGCAAGGGGCCCUCACACAGCAACAGGAAGCAAGGGGCCCUCACACAGCAACAGGAAGCAAGGGGCCUUCGCACAGCAACAGGAAGCAAGGGGGCCCUCACACAGCAACAGGAAGCAAGGGGGCCCUCACACAGCAACAGGAAGCAAGGGGCCCUCACACAGCAACAGGAAGCAAGGGACCCCCUCACACAGCAACAGGGACCAACGGGACCCCUCACACAGCAACAGGAAGCAAGGGGACCCUUCACACAGCAACAGGAACCAAGGGGGCCCCUCACACAGCAACAGGGACCAACGGGACCCCUCACACAGCAACAGGAAGCAAGGGGCCUUCACACAGCAACAGGAAGCAAGGGGCCUUCACACAGCAACAGGAAGCAAGGGCCCUUCACACAGCAACAGGAAGCAAGGGACCCCCUCACACAGCAACAGGAACCAACGGGACCCCUCACACAGCAACAGGAACCAACGGGACCCCUCACACAGCAACAGGAACCAACGGGACCCCUCACACAGCAACAGGAACCAAGGGGACCCCUCACACAGCAACAGGAACCAAGAGACCCCCUCACACAGCAACAGGAACCAAGGGGACCCCUCACACAGCAACAGGAACCAAGGGGGCCCCUCACACAGCAACAGGAACCAACGGGACCCCUCACACAGCAACAGGAACCAAGGGGACCCCUCACACAGCUAGACACACAACCGGGCCAGAUCAUCCCUUGUCUUAUCUUCAUUCUGACAAACCGCUCCACUGCCCACUGA